AUGAAAUGUCAUCCACAAGAAAAACAAGGCCAUAAAAUUUGGGAGAAAUAUCCACUCUUAGGAAUUAUAGAGAUAGAAAUUCCAGAGGAUUAAAUUUAAAUGUGGACAGAAUUAAAGAGAUAAAUAAUAAUAAAAAUCUUGCUUACUCUUCUUAUCCAAGAGGAAGAGAGCAACUAAGGGCCACAUCUUCUUUCUCAAUAUCAUAUUCCUUUCCUAAAAGCUACUACAUUGACAAGAAGAGAAGAAGAGAUGGCUAUGAAGAAUUGUUUUCAAGUGAGUACAGUGUGUACUAGUGCUAGAGCUGGACUAGUAUUUGCUCCUGUUGAGAAGCUUCACUUACCAACUUCUUUUAAAGGAUUCAGUAAUCUAUCCAAUUUAUCAUCGUCUCGUUCAUCUUCUUUCUUUGCUCAUUCACUCACUACUCGCAGAAGCAGAAGCAGAAGCCCAAAAUCUCCCAUUGUCUGCAAAGCUCGUGAAGCUUUAGAUGAAGUGCAAGCGGUGACAGAUUCAAGCUGGGACAACCUUGUCAUUGCCAGUAAAACCCCAGUUCUGGUGGAAUUUUGGGCACCCUGGUGUGGACCAUGCCGGAUGAUAGCACCGGUGAUCGAUGAACUAGCAAAAGAAUAUGCCGGAAAGAUUGCAUGUUUCAAGGUAAAUACCGAUGAGUGCCCAAAUAUUGCCAACAAGUAUGCAAUAAGGAGCAUACCAACAGUGCUGUUUUUCAAGAAAGGAGAGAAGAAAGAAAGUGUCAUCGGAGCAGUACCCAAGACUACCUUGUCUAGUACCUUAGAGAAAUAUAUAGAUGCUUGAGACAACAAUUUAGCCAAUUUCAGAAGUUGUACCAGCUUAUGAUACCUGUUCAUGUCAUCCACCAUAUUCAAAUGACUUGUAUUUAAUGUAAAUGUCACUAAGAAAUCAUUUCUCCAAAUUCUAAACAUGAUCUGAAUAUGAAAUCUUUCAUAUAGCA